GGAAAUCGCCACUCCUCCAUCGUCGAAGUGUAUCAUAUACUGGAAAAGGAAAGUCAAGUCUGAAUACAUGCGUCUUGAAGAGGUUUCAGGCGAACAUGGGAGCCAAGGCUCUGUUCGUGGCCAACUUUGCAAAGGUUCAUGAAAAGACACAAAUUCUGAAUGAAGACUGGAAGCAGCUUCGAGUCCAGCCGGUGCAACUGAUGAAGCCAGUCAGCGGGCACCCCUUCCUAAAACAGUGCACUGUUGAGAGCAUCUUCCCGGGGUUUCCAAGCCAGACGCUGUACAUGAGGACCCUGAACACAGUGGCACUGGUGCCCAUUAUGUACUCCUGGUCCCCUCUUCAGCAGAAUUUCAUGGUGGAGGAUGAAACCGUGCUGUGCAACAUCCCCUACAUGGGCGACGAGGUGAAGGAAGAGGACGAAACGUUCAUUGAGGAACUUAUUAACAACUACGAUGGGAAGGUCCAUGGGGAGGAAGAAAUGAUUUCGGGGUCCGUCCUCAUCAGCGACGCGGUGUUCCUGGAGCUGGUAAAUGCGCUUAAUCAGUACUCGGACGACGAGGAGGAGGGACACAACGAUUCUGAGGUCAAACAGGAGGAUGGCAAAGAGGAGCUGCCAGUCACAAGGAAAAGAAAGCGAAUUUGCUCAAAGAAGCGGUUUCCAAACGACAUGAUAUUCACUGCGAUUUCCUCCAUGUUUCCCGAGUACGGCUUCCCAGAUGACAUGAAGGAGAGGUACCGGGAGCUGACGGAGGUGUCGGACCCGAAUGCGCUGCCCCCGCAGUGCACCCCCAACAUCGACGGGCCCUGCGCCAAGUCGGUCCAGCGCGAGCAGUCCCUGCACUCCUUCCACACCCUCUUCUGCCGACGCUGCUUCAAAUACGACUGCUUUCUGCAUCCUUUUCAUGCCACUCCUAAUGUGUACAAACGAAAGAAUAGAGAGACCAAGAUCGAGCCAGACCCUUGUGGAGCAGACUGCUUCCUCUGGCUGGAAGGAGCCAAGGAGUUCGCUGCGCUGCACAACCCCCGGUCCAAGUGCUCAGGACGGCGCCGCCGGCGGCACCACGCGGUAGGCGCGUCCUGCUCCAACCCCCCGGCCGCUGCCGUCGCCGAGACGAGGGAGGGUGACAGCGACCGUGACACGGGCAACGAGUGGGCCUCCAGCUCCUCGGAGGCCAACUCCCGCUGCCAGACCCCCACCAAGCAGAAGCUGAGCCCGGCCUCAUCCCAGCUGUUCGCGGUGGAGACGCCGCAGGAGCCAGUCUUUCAGUUUGCAGUGAAAGAGUCGCUUAUAACGAAACUGCCAACAAAUGAAUUAAUGAAUCCAUCCCAGAAGAAGAAAAGGAAGCACAGGCUGUGGGCCGCGCACUGCAGGAAGAUUCAGCUGAAGAAAGAUAACUCGCCCACCCAGGUGUACAACUACCAGCCCUGCGACCACCCCGAGCACCCCUGCGACAGCUCCUGCCCCUGCAUCAUGACCCAGAAUUUCUGUGAGAAGUUUUGCCAGUGCAACCCUGACUGCCAGAACCGCUUCCCAGGCUGCCGCUGCAAGACCCAGUGCAACACCAAGCAGUGCCCAUGCUACCUGGCUGUGCGGGAGUGCGACCCUGACCUGUGCCUGACCUGCGGCGCCUCGGAGCACUGGGACUGCAAGGUGGUCUCCUGCAAGAACUGCAGCAUUCAGCGGGGCCUCAAAAAGCACUUGCUGCUGGCCCCAUCGGACGUCGCAGGCUGGGGGACGUUCAUCAAGGAGUCAGUGCAGAAGAAUGAGUUCAUCUCCGAGUACUGCGGUGAGCUCAUUUCGCAGGACGAGGCCGACCGGCGGGGGAAGGUCUAUGACAAAUACAUGUCCAGCUUCCUCUUCAACCUCAACAAUG